GUGUAGGCGGUGCACAGUGUUGUAGCCUAUGAGCGACAGUGAGGACACCGGAGAGGACGACCCCAGGAUCUUGCGAUCAGCUAGAGGCCCUAUAUCUCACGUGUCCCUAGGACCGGGGGGUGAUAGGGAACUGUUCCGCCGGCAGCGGGAGAGGCAGCAGCAGAGGAGAGCUAGAGCAGCCGAGGCCAGCAGGGCAUUAGCUAGCGAGGCCGGUGCUACAGCAGCCAUGGCUACCACAGCCAUGAGCACGUCUGCACAGCAGACUUCCCCAGCCGGUAGUUCAGGUACCGCCGGGUCUACGGUCACGCAGACCGUGAGUCAGUCCACUGGCUUAAUGGCAAGCCAGCCCGCAGUGUUGACCCCAGAGGAUGUCGCCAUCCAGCAGGCAGCCCUGCAAGAGGCACAGCUACAGCAGGCCUUAGGACAGAUAAAAAGAGAGAAGGAAAUGAUGAUUAGAAGAAAAACCAGGUUGCAACGAAGAGUGGCAGACAUAGAGGAGUUAGAGACGAUGGUCCUGACGCAUAUGGAUGAUGAUGUGAAGGGACCGGGACAAACACAGUGGGUUCCAAAGACGGCCAUCGCCGCUCCUAAACCUUUUACAGGAGACAAGAGAGGCGAGGACCUCGACACAUGGUUGAGGGCAGUGCCGGUCUACGUCAGGUGCAAACUCAACUUGCCGCACGAAGAAGUGCUUGUGGCUGCCUCCUACCUCGAGGGUAGUGCAGCGAGAUGGUUGAGCGGUCUAGUUCAACUUCAGGGAUAUGGUCACGACUUCCGCUCUUGGGCAGCCUCCCAGAAAUUGGAGGACUUCCUGAAGGAAGAAAGGUGGCAUGAUCCUCAGGAGGCUCAAAGGGCCACUGACGCAAUCCUGACACUGCACACGCGGCAGUUUAAGUCAGUAAGGGAGGCCACCGACGUUGUUGAGCGUUUGAUCUGUGUCCCUGGGGUACGCUAUGAUCCUCAGGUCCUGUUGACUUCGUACCUGAGAUGUUUUUCACAGCCUCUCAAGAACCAGUUGGCAAAAGAGGCCAACAUCAACAUGCACAACUUCCCUUCGUUUAGCAAGGUGGCCCUAGACCUGGAAGCAAAGAUAGGGCAUGGACAGGCACCCACUACGGAAGGGAGAAAGAAGACACUGCCUCCCAACUGGAAGGCGAAAGGUCGCAUCAUGUUUAUCGACAACGAUGGAUCAACCAUCGAGUUGGACGGCAACUUCCAGGAGGGAGUAGGUGCAGAGGCGGGUGGCAAAACUUCAGAGGGUGGAGUAGUCGCCGCCCACAAGUUCAAGAUCAACGGUGAGAAAUGCGAGUUUGGUCGCACCCGUGUCUUGUACUUGGGUCAUGAGAUCUCCGCGGAAGGGUUGAGGCCCGAUGACGCGAAGGUGGCCAGCAUUCGUGAUUGGCCACGUCCUCAGUCUGUGACUGAGAUGAGAUCUUUCUUAGGAAUGACAGGCUACUAUAGGACUUUCGUUAAGAACUACAGCAUAGUGGUCGCUCCUUUGACUGAUCUGACCCGCCUUGACACCCCUUGGGAGUGGAUAGAUAAGUGUGAGGCUGCUUUCAGACAUCUGAAGCAUGCAUUGACGCACUAUGAAGUCUUGAAACUUCCUGAUCCUGACAAGUCGUUUAUAGUCACAACGGAUGCCAGCCAAUAUGGCAUUGGCGUCGUGCUUGCACAACAGGAUGGGCCAAAGUUGAGGCUAGUAGAGUACAUGUCCAAGAAAAUGCCGUCUCAGAAGUUGGCUAAGUCCACUUAUGAGAAGGAACUCUAUGCGGUGUACAAGGCUCUCACCCAUUGGAGACACUACCUCCUUGGGCGGUUCUUCAUCCAACGGACUGAUCAUCAGACCCUGAGAUGGAUGAGAACACAGCCGGUACUCUCUGACGCUCUCAAGCGUUGGAUCGAAGUCAUUGAGCAAUAUGACUUUGAUCCUCAGUAUCUCAAAGGGGAGUACAACAAGGUUGCUGAUGCCUUGUCGCGCAGACCGGACUUCUCGGGUGCGCUGAUUACUGAGUUCGAUCUGACGGACGAUGUGACUCAGUCUUUGGUGGAAGCCUAUCGUCAGGACCAGUUUAUGUCUGAGAUUAUACGCAGACUUGAGGCSAAGGAUAAGAAGACCUYCGCYGAGUUUGAGUUGGUCAAUGGCUUGCUGUUCCUAGAGAAGGCAGGGAAUAAACGCUUGUGUGUUCCAAAUAGCGAGUCUUUGCGUAGUUUGUUUUUAGGCGAGUGUCAUGAUGCCACCGGCCAUUUUGGAUAUAAGAAGACCGCAGCCAACUUGCUGCAGCGGUUCUGGUGGCCCACUAUGAUGAAAGAUGCACAGCUGUACGUGGAAACUUGUCAAGUUUGCCAAAGAGACAAGCCCCGUACUCAGGCUCCUCUUAGGCUGCUCAAGCCUCUUCCGAUUCCGGAAAGGCCGGGUGAAAAGUUUGUCCAUGGACUUCAUGGAUGCGCUGGUCACCAGCAAGAGUGGGAUGAGACAGAUCUUUGUCAUCGUGGAUAGGUUUAGUAAGUUUGCUAGAUUAAUAGCUAUGCCAGAAACAGCGAAGACCGAGUAUGUGAUCAGGCUAUUUAAAGAGAACUGGGUUAGAGACUUUGGACUGCCGAAGUCUACAGUCAGUGACAAGGACGUCAGGUUCACGAGUGAAUUGUGGAAGGCCGCUGCAGCUGAACAAGGAACUCAACUGCAGAUAACCUCUGGAAAUCAUCCAGAAGCUAAUGGCCAGGCUGAAUAAAUGAGCCGCGUUGUG